AUGGCAAGUACCGUGAGGUCCUGGACCAUGCUGGCUGCUCUUGUGCUGUGUGUUAUAGUGUGUCUGAGCAGUCUGUCUGAAGCUUACCCACCCAAACCAGAACCUCCAGCAGGAGACGUGGGUCCAGAGGAGAUGGCCAAGUACCAUACUGCACUGAGACACUAUAUCAACCUCAUCACACGACAGAGAUAUGGGAAGAGGUCCACCCCUGAGGCCGCUGUGGCUGAGCUGCUCUUUGGCGAUGAUGAACAGGAUGUCAGGCCCCGUGUGGAAGACAGCUUGUUAUGGUGAUGCCACUCCUCUCUCUGUGGCUGGUGCACAGGCUUUAUUUAUCCAUCCAUCCAUCUCUAUUGUUAAUAAACAAGUUUACUUAACAUCAGCCUGA